AGUCGUUCUCUUUGCGUAAACUUCGACUCCAAGACUCUCUGCUACUUCUUCGUCUCCUCCUCUCUUUUACUUCAAAAAAAAAAAAAAAAAAAAAAAAAAAACUCCUUUUUCACAAAUCCCUUAAAGAAAAAGAGAUCAUGGCCUUCAAAUCCGUAUUUAAGGCUCUGCGAGAUGUUUUUCCUCAGAUUGAUCUUCGCAUCUUGAAGGCUGUCGCCAGCGAAUAUUACGAAGAUGUUGAUGCAGCUGUUGAAUUUGUUCUCUCUGAAGUUCUGCCGACGCUAAGUGAACCGACUGAACCACAUUACAAUCUGCAUGUUUUUGACGAUGCUGAACAUUCUCAUAGCAAUUCUGGGAUGCACGGGAAUGACAAGGUAUCGGGAAAUCAAAGUUUUGAGGAUGGCGUUGCUCUGGUUAUGGAACCUUUAACCAAAGGUAAAAAUGUUGUACGCGACGACGAUACAUCUGCGACUCCUGGUUGGGCCCAACUCUUGGAUAAUGGUGUGAGAAGAAGUUUUCCAGUUGAAGAUUUAGCUCCAUCUAACGAGUCAAAAUUGCCGUCGACGCAAGAAGUUGAAGCAUAUAUGAACACGCAAUCUGAAUCACAAUUUGUGGAGCGUGAGCCACAUCUUGUUGCUGGCCACAAAGCCGUUCCUUUGCAAUCAGAACCAAUCUCCAUUGGUGAAUUAGAAGCUUCUGCUUCUCUUUCUAAUCUCAUCAAUCAUGGCGAAAUCUCCAACAAGGAAUCAACUAAUGAUUUUAAGUUGGUGGACAGUGCAGUCCUACUUGAACAAAAUUUUGAAGCUGAAACCAGACCAAUUUCUCCAGCUUUUCACGCCAAUGUUCAGGAUAUUUUGUCGUUAUAUCCUGAGAUGAACAUUAACAGUACUGCUCAGAGUUCGGCUGAAUUCGAGUCUGCAGUAAAGCUGGUUUGCACUGGUUAUGAUAAUCAAUCUUCAGGUGUAGCUACACAGUCGAGCCAGAGUGUACAAGUUGAUCUUCUGGAUGAGUUAAUUUCUGAUAUGACAAAGAGCAAGGAAACAUUUGGUGCUGCUUUGGAAUCUACAAUUACUAAAAUGAAAGAAGUAGAGAUUCAUGAGGAAAAGGCUAAACGGACGAAAGAAGAAGCUGCCAUGGCUGAUCAAGAUAUUCUCGCCAAGAUAGAGGACCUUGGCCAAAUGAUUAAGAGUGCCCAAGAAUCAAAUGAUAAGCAAGCUGGAGAAGUUAAUAUGGAGAAAUAUCAAUUAAAAUGUCAAGCUGAGGAGCUUCAGUGCCGCCUUAUCGAUUUGUCAGCUCAGCGAGAGAAUUCUCUUUUACUUGUCGAGGAGAUAAGUCACACUCUAGAUGCACGGUUAGCUGCUGCGAAGGAAGAAGAGGCAGCAGCCAAACGGGAGGUAGUUGAAAGGCAGGAGUCAGCUCGAAGGGCUUUAAAAGAGCAGGAGGCCACCAUGCAGAAUAUUCUACACGAGUUGCAAAGGCUUCAGAAACAGGCAGAAGAGAAUGCUAUGUUGAAGAAUUUAUUGAUGGAUCGUGGUCACCUUGUUGAGAUAUUGCAACGAGAAAUCUCCCUUAUCUUUGAGGAUGUGGCAUCACUGAAAGAGAGAGUCGAUGCGCCUAUGCUAUUGGCAGCUAGCAACUUGGCCACUGCGGUUUACUUGUCAGAAAAUCAACCCAAUCAACCCACAUUGUCCGAGGGAGCUGAGCAUCACUCAACAAGUGAGAACCCAAUGCCCACCAACAACGAUCUACCUGAGAAUAAGACAAGGGAAAUCUCGGUUGAAGAUCACAAGGCUUCUAUUGAUGAUGACUGGGAACUGUUUUGAUGAGAUUGCGCCGUUUGCAUUGGUAACAAGAAAUAAAGAUACAAGCUUUAGCUCUGUCUCUGGACUCGUGAUCGUAAAACCUUCUUAUUUCGUUUAAGUAUGAGAACUCUGUCGAGACUAAAAAUGCUUUAACUGUGAGGUUGCGCUUUUGGAUUGCCUUGUAUAUAUUCUAUGCUACUGCUGCUUCUCGCUUUUGUCGUCUGUAAAUAUGAAUCUUAUAGUAUUUCGUGAAUCUUUUCUUCGAAAGUAAAUUCGUUACCGUAUGAAUUUCUGUUC